CAUUCAGCAAACCAUUCAGUUCCUGGGCCUUGGAAGUGAUACCCAUGGCAUCUCCCCAAACGCUGUUCCUCUGCCUGCUGGUCCUGGCGGUCACUGAAGGUUGGGGUCGGCAGGCGGCCAUCCCAGGCUGCCACUUGCACCCCUUCAAUGUGACAGUGCGAAGUGAUCGCCAAGGCACCUGCCAGGGCUCCCAUGUGGCACAGGCCUGUGUGGGCCACUGUGAGUCUAGUGCCUUCCCUUCCCGGUACUCUGUGCUGGUGGCCAGUGGAUAUCGACAUAACAUGACCUCCGUCUCUCAGUGCUGUACCAUCAGUGGCCUGAAGAAGGUGAAGGUGCAGCUGCAGUGUGGGGGGGACCAGAAGGAGGAGCUGGAGAUCUUCACAGCCAGGGCCUGCCAGUGUGACAUGUGUCGCCUUUCGCGCUACUAGCUCAUCCCUUCCCUUCCUCCUUUGCCUUGGUCAGAGGGUUUGAGUUGGAGUAUAUCUUGUAUAUCCCAAGCCUCAUUCAGGACAAUUCCAGCUUCCUUAAGAUUCUGUGAUUGUCCCCAGUUUCUGCCUCUCUCCUACCUCUGCCUGGCCUCCUAACCAGACU